CUUUGGGCGGAGGAGGGGGGACAGGAGGUUGUUGGCGGAGGCUCCCUAGCUCGGCCUCACUGUCGGCCGCCCCAGCUCCAGACACCAUGUCCCGCGCGGCGCCCCGCAGCCACAUCCUCUCUCGGCUUCCCCUGGUGCUGCUGCUGCUGCUGCUGCUGCAGGCUGUGGGGAGGGGGCUGGGCCGCGCCAACCCGGCUGGGGGGCCCCUGGAAGAUGUAGUCAUCGAAAGGUACCACAUCCCCAGGGCCUGUCCCCGGGAAGUACAGAUGGGCGAUUUCGUGCGCUACCACUACAACGGCACAUUUGAGGAUGGCAAGAAGUUUGACUCCAGCUAUGACCGCAGCACCUUGGUGGCCAUUGUGGUGGGCGUGGGGCGCCUCAUCACUGGCAUGGACCGGGGACUUAUGGGCAUGUGUGUCAACGAGCGGCGACGCCUCAUCGUGCCUCCCCACCUGGGCUACGGCAGCAUCGGCGUGGCCGGCCUCAUUCCCCCCGAUGCCACCCUCUACUUCGACGUGGUCUUGCUGGAUGUGUGGAACAAGGCCGACAGCGUGCAGGUGAGCACCUUGCUGCGGCCGCCCCAGUGCCCCCGCAUGGUCCAGGACAGUGACUUCGUUCGCUACCACUACAAUGGCACGCUGCUAGAUGGCACUGCCUUCGACACCAGCUAUAGUCGGGGUGGCACGUACGACACCUACGUGGGCUCUGGCUGGCUCAUCAAAGGGAUGGACCAGGGGCUGCUGGGCAUGUGUCCUGGAGAGCGAAGGAAGAUCAUCAUCCCUCCGUUCCUGGCCUACGGCGAGAAGGGCUAUGGGACGGUGAUCCCCCCGCAGGCCUCCCUGGUUUUCCACGUCUUGCUGAUCGACGUCCACAACCCAAAGGACACGGUCCAGCUAGAAACGCUGGAGCUGCCACCUGGCUGUGUCCGCAGAGCUGAGGCUGGGGACUUCAUGCGCUACCACUACAACGGCUCGCUGAUGGAUGGCACCCUCUUUGAUUCCAGCUAUUCUCGAAACCACACGUACAAUACCUACGUGGGCCAGGGUUACAUUAUCCAGGGCAUGGACCAGGGGCUGCAGGGUGCCUGCAUCGGGGAGCGUCGGAGGAUCACCAUCCCCCCACACCUUGCCUAUGGGGAGAACGGGACUGGAGACAAGAUCCCGGGCUCAGCUGUGCUGAUCUUUGAUGUCCACAUCAUUGACUUCCACAACCCGGUGGAUCCGGUGGAAGUCAAGACGCUGUCCCGGCCCCCUGACGCCUGCAAUGAGACAGCCAAGCCUGGAGACUACAUUCGUUACCACUACAACUGCUCUCUACUGGACGGCACCAAGCUCUUCUCCUCUCAGAUGCCAUUUAAGGGAGUGGUGGAGGGGAAAGCAAUAAGAAACUGGAAUUCUUUGCAGACGGGUGAAGGGAGCCAUGACUAUGGGGCCCCCCAGGAGGCAACUCUGGGGGCCAACAAGGUGAUCGAAGGUCUGGACACGGGCCUCCAGGGAAUGUGUGUGGGAGAGAGGCGGCAGCUCAUCGUCCCACCACACCUGGCCCACGGGGAGAACGGAGCCCGGGGCGUACCUGGUAGUGCCGUGCUGCUGUUUGAGGUGGAGCUGGUAUCCCGGGAGGAUGGACUACCCACUGGCUACUUGUUUGUGUGGCACAAGGACCCUCCUGCCAACUUGUUCGAAGAGCUGGACCUUAACAAAGAUGGCGAGGUCCCCCCAGAGGAGUUCUCUGCUUUCAUCAAUGCUCAAGUCAGUGAGGGCAAAGGACGCCUCAUGCCUGGACGGGACCCUGAGAAGACCAUAGCAGACAUGUUCCAGAACCAGGACCGCAACCAGGAUGGCAAGAUCACCCCAGAGGAGCUCAAGCUGAAGACCGACGAGGACCAGGAGCGGGUGCACGAGGAGCUCUGAAGGGCUGGGGCCUGCUCCCCCCACCCCGCAGAGGCCUGUUCCCAGGGGUCAGCAGGCCGUGAGGCACUGACUUGCCACAAGUCUCCCCUCCCUCUGCUGGGAUGAAGUCUCAGAACAACAGAAUGUUGUCAGAGAAGCCUGCUCUGACCGUCCACAGCACAGACUUCCAUUCACUUUUUCUUUUGGUCCCAACUUUCAUUACUGGAAGUUCUGGAGGAGCUGCAGUCAGAUGAGUUUGAGGGGGCAUGGAUAUAGCUGAUUCCUCCCCCCACCUCCCCUCUGCAUUACCCUACACUGAGCAGGGCUGAGCUCCUACUGUAUUUCCCUAAUUUUUUCUUUCUUUUUAAACCAGAGCACUGCUCAACUCUGGUUUAUGAUGCUGUCAGGGAUUGAACCUGGGCCCGCCAAGCCUCAGGCAUGGAUGUGUUUUGCAUAACCAUUAUACUGUCUCCUAGGCACCCCUUUGUGUGCAUUUUGACAUCCACAAUGCCCCUCCCAGUCCGACUCCUCUAUCAUGGCAGCUCCCCAGGAGCAUGAUGAGGGUGGAGAGAGGCCCCUGGCCGUCUUCCCUUCCCUUAGUUCUCACUGGCUCCUAGGGAAAGGGCAGCCCCACCUCAUCUUUCCUGCCCCUGUCCUGUGGAUCCCCCGCCUCCUGUCUCCCUUGCUGAGAACGGAGGGACAGGAGCUGGGAUGUGUUCCUCUUCUAAAGGAGGUUACCUCCUCCAGGGGCUAAGGAGGAAAGUGAAAGGGGGUACGAGGAACCUCAUUUUAGGGCAUGGAACCAAAGAUUAAGGACUGAGAUGAACGUGGAAGAAGGGCUCCCUAGGAGCUAAGGGGUAAGGGGUGGGCAGAGUCCUGCACACUCAAGAGGCUAAGCUGGUACCAAGUCCCUGUCUCCGUGUCAAAUAAAAGACUAAACCAGA